AUGGAAAUGAAUAACCACAGUGCUAUUGCCGAGUUCAUCUUGGUGGGUCUAUCCAGUGCUCCUGAACAACAGAUCAUCAUCUUUUGGGCAUUUGCCUUCAUCUAUGCAGUAGCUUUGGCUGGCAACUUCCUCCUGAUUCUUGCCAUUGGCACUUGCAGUAAACUCCACACACCCAUGUACUUCUUGCUGGUCAACCUAUCCAUCGUGAACAUGUGCUCUAUCUCCAUUACAGUUCCAAAGAUGCUGCAGAACCUACUGACUGCUCAAAAGACCAUCUCAUUUUCUGCCUGUAUUGUUCAAGUAUUUCUGUUUGUAUGGGCUCUGGGGACAGAGAUUCUGUUGCUAUCCUUCAUGGCUUUUGACAGGUAUGCUGCCAUUUGCCAGCCUUUGCACUACAUGGUCAUCAUGAAGAAGGAAGUGUGUAUUGGGAUAGCAGCUGGAGUUUGGAUUAUGGGUAUGGUCAAUUCUGCAGUCCAUGCUGGUCUUUUGUUGAAGUUGACUUUCUGCAGCUCCCACAUCAUGAACCAUUUCUUCUGUGACUUGCCUCCACUGUGGAAACUUUCUUGCUCUGACAUCAGCCUGAAUGAAACCAUGGCUUUCUCAGCAGACGUGACCUUCACAAUGAGUAGUUGUGCAUUAACUUUUAUAUCAUAUUUGCUUAUUUUACGAACUAUAUUUACAAUCCAGUCUGUCAAAGGGAAGAAGAAAGCCUUCUCUACAUGUUCUUCCCAUCUCCUGGUAGUUAGUUUUUACUUUUCCACCAUCAUCUACACAUAUGCUAAGCCUUCCUCAGCCAACGACCUAGAGGAAUACAAGUCUGUUGCUAUCAUUUAUUCAGUGGUAACUCCGGUGCUCAAUCCAAUCAUAUAUUCUCUUAGAAACAAAGAGGUCAAAGAGGCUCUAGCAAAACUCAUAUGCAGAAUUUGGUCUUCCCAGCAUGAAUGA